UCCCACAUGGUUUCCGGUGCAUCUGGCUUUAGAGUCAAUACAGGAAGAGUGGUGAGAGAACAACUGCACUCUUAUCAUUCUUACAAAACAGUUUGGAGAGAAAAGUGACUCAACUCACAAUCUUAAGCCAGCAAAGAAAAUGGCUGAGGAGCAACAAUGUUUGAGAGACCUUGAGGGUGAAAUCGGGGAACAGGAAGGUGCCGAAGGAGAGACCCAAAGGCUGACAGCUCAAUGGAGUGUGGAGGAUGAGGAGGAAGCUGCAAGGGAGCGACGUCGAAGGGAACGUGAAAGACAGCUGAAGUCCCAGGCAGAAGAAGGACUGAACAGCACCUCUGAAGUGGCAGUACAAGAAAGCAAGAUUGAUGGGAAGCCUUCUAGAACCUCAGAACUGGAAGAAGAUGAAGGCUUUAGUGACUGGUCCCAAAAACUUGAACAGCGCAAGCAGCAAUGGGGAGGAGAGGGAGUGCAAGAAGGGGAACCAAUUCACCAAGGGGAAUGCAGAGAAGCUCAACAAGCAGAACCUAUACAGGGUGAAGAAAGGUCACCAAGGCACUCCUGCGAGGAAGAAGACAGCAAUUUAAAGGAAGCAGAAGGAAUGAUGGAGCAAGUCCAUCUGGAUGGGGAGUCUCCCACCUUCAUCCGAUUUGAAACCGGACCAUCCAAUUUCCUCAAGUUUGUUUCUACUUCAACUUCAGAAGAUCAGCCUGAAGCAGAGCUGGAGCAACAGCAGCAGAUUAGGGAAACCUUGGAGCUUGGAGAAGGGAAUCAGUAUGCUGAGGACCAGCUCCAAGAAGAGAACAUUACAGAAGAGAAUAAGCCCAAGGAAGAGGAAGAAAACCAAAAGGACAAGAAAAUAUGGCAAUAUGAGCAAGAAGAGGUCCCAGAAAAACAAAGGAUCCCAAGUAAUUCCAGUCAGGAAGAGGAAUGUCAAAGUCCUUUAAGCCCAACAUUAAAGAUCACUGACAGAACUGAAUCCCUGAACCGAUCUGUGCAGAAAAGUAACAGUAUGAAGAAGACCCAGGCACCACUUCCAGUUUCCAAGAUUGAUGAUAAGCUUGAGCAAUACACUCACGCACUUGAGAACUCCAGCAAAACUCCAAAGCCAGCACGCCAACUUUCCAUUGACCUUCCUACCAAUAUCGCAGCAGUGGCUAGCACAAAAAACCUUUGGGAGACUGGGGAAGUCACUCAGUCUUCUACAAAAUCAACGCCCUGCAAGGACAUUGUGGCUGGAGACAUUGUGAAUAUAAGAAGCCUUUGGGAACAAAAGGAGAACUCCCAAACAGAUGCAAAUUCGAAGGUCAGGAUUCCUGGCAAGAAAUAUAAGUAUGUGGCAAUUGGACAUGGACAGUACAAAAGGGUGCCAAUAGAAGAUGAUGGGGUGACGGAAAAAUAGCUGUCCUGGUACCAAACUCACAGGUAAAGCCCAGCUUGGAAACCCGAGACUAUACUUCAUGCAACUCUGAUAUUUCCCUGGCUAUAAGGGAACUACAGUGAAAGGAUUUCUUCCCUCCUAGCUCAAACUGGCACUCUGCUUUAAAAUCAGCUAUUGAUUUCUUCACAUAUGGAAGCAUUUCUCCAAACUGACUUCAUUGGAACUUAUACUUGGCAUCAGCUCAAGAAGUAAUAAUAAAUUUGAAACCCUUUCUAGAUCAGAUUUUUAUUUUGAAAAGUUAAAAAUGUAUGCUAUAUUGAGUUUUUCUCGUUUUUAACUGAAUUCCUAGCUUUGACUAGGAGAAAAAGGUAAAACUCCCACCCCACCCCUUUAUCUCUCUCUUUAUACCCUUGGUAAGGAGGGAGGAAUCUUCAGCUCAAGAUAGCUAGUAUAGAUUUCUGAGAUCUGAGAAUGUAAAUGAAAGUAAAUAUUGAAGGAACAUUUGAGGGGUAAGAAGUAUAGCUGAUGCUAAGGAUUCUUGUAUUACUCAAGCUUACCAUAUGACAAGAGAUACCAGAAUGUCUAUUCUUGACCAUAAGAUGAUGUUUUGUAAGUGGGAACAUACCUUCUUAAUACUAUUCUUAAGUUUCAAACAUGAGAGCAAUACCACAGAAUUCUAAACUUAAGACUGUUUUGGUGCCACUCUAUUUAAAUAUUGCCCUCAGUAUUCUUUUUGGAAUGAAGAUUUCUAAGAUGGGUUUUUGUGGUGAGACCUGACUUGUUUCAGUUACGGUUCUCUGGCUAAAAAGCAUUUCAGGAAAUACCUUCUCCCAAAGUGCCUAUCCUAAUCACAAAGUAAGAGUCAUCUUGGCUUGCUUUGCUUUAUUUUUUCUUCUGAUGGCUUAUUCAUGUGAACAAACUAGAGCCUUUAUUCCCUUAAGAUCUAUACUCCUCUCAGAGGUAGACAUUGAAACUGGAACACUGCACUGUCUCUUGAAACAUUCUCUCUCUCUCUCUCUCUCUCAAAAAAAAAAAAAGGCUAGAGAGUAAAUGCAGGCAAUUAUCCAGAGCAUGAGUGGAGAGCCAAUGUACCAUUUGACCUUUGUCUCUCUUAUCUAAAUAAUUCUUGCCUUGAAGGAGACAUGGGGUAAUUGAGGUGCAGUUCUUACUGCGGUGCAUUUAAGGAGAUGAAUGGUAGCUCCUGUGGACCAGUCACAUCACAGGACAAUCAUUCACCUGCCCCCCCUAAAGGCUGCUGAUACCUUUUGACCUAGCUGAAUAGAUCCAUUCCUGGAAAUAUCAAUGCAUCUCUUUGCCUCUCUAUUACAAAUAGUAUUUGCCACCCUGUGGGCUAAAAAAAAAAGGGCCAUUAUAUCCUGCUUCUCCUAACACUUGCAUUUAGAAAACAGUUCUUUUCUUUUUUGUAUCUUUCAUUUUCCUUUUGCUUUCAUCUGUUAAUUUUUUUGUGUGAUCUGGAAUGUUUGCUAACAAUUUAAUAAAAAUGCUGUAAAACACAAA